UCCUUUCACGACUUUUUACGCCAUGGAUCCCAGCUUUGUCGAAGGACUUCACAAUCUCCUCCUUCAGUCCACCGCCAAUGAUACCGUUCAGCUGAAGGCGGCCACGGCCACUCUCAACAGAGACUUCAACAAAAAUCCGGCCGUCAUCCCAGCUCUCGCCCAGCUCAUUGCUUCCUCCCCUGAAGUUCCGGUUCGUCAAUUGGCUGCCGUUGAACUCAGGAAACGCGUCGCACAGAACAGUGGCGACCUUUGGCUCCAGGUCGCGCAGAAUGAUCGCGAGCAGAUCAAAGCACGGAUGCCGGAGUUCAUUCUGACCGAGCAAAACAAACUCGUCCGAAAUUCUGCUGCACGCGUCGUCGCAUCCAUCGCCGGCAUCGAAAUCCCUCACGGCACAUGGCCUCAACUCCUUCCCUACCUUCACCAAACAUGUGUUUCACCCCAAAUUGCACACCGCGAAGUUGGCAUCUACAUUCUCUUCACCGUUCUCGAGAACAUCGUCGAGGGUUUCCAGGAGCACACCCAGGAGUUCUUCAAGCUCUUCGAGACUCUCUUGCAGGACCCGGAGAGCUCUGAGGUUCGCAUCACCACCGUCAGGGCGCUUGGUACUAUCGCACAAUAUCUCGAUGGCGAGGACAAGGCCGAAAUCAAAUCCUUCCAAGCUCUCCUUCCCGCAAUGAUCAACGUCAUUCAGCAAACCCUCGACUCGGGUGAUGAACCCGGUGCCCGCCACGUUUUCGAUGUCUUUGAGACUCUUCUCAUCCUUGAAAUCCCUCUCCUCAGCAACCACAUCCCCCAGCUCGUGCAGUUCCUCCUCCAGGGUGGCGCCAACCGCAACUACGAGCCCGAGCUCCGAAUCCUCGUCCUCAACGCCCUCAACUGGACCGUUCAGUACAAAAAAUCCAAAAUCCAGAGCAACAACCUUGGUCCCGCCAUCCUCGAAGGGCUCAUGCCCAUUACCGCCGAGGAGGAGCCCGAAGAUAUCGACGACGAUGCUCCUGCCCGCUCUGCUCUCCGCAUCAUCGAUGCGCUCUCCACUGCUCUCCCCCCUACGCAGGUCUUCCCUGCGCUUCGCCAACUCAUCAUCCAAUACUUCAGUUCCUCGGAUGCCAACCACCGCCGUGGUGCCAUGCUCGCUCUUGGUGUCUCCGUCGAGGGUUGCAGCGAAUUCAUGACUCCUCUUAUGAGCCAAGUGUGGCCCAUCAUCGAGGCUGGUCUCCAGGAUCCCGAUGUCAACGUCCGCAAGGCCACUUGCGUUGCCGUCAGCUGUCUGUGCGAGUGGCUCGAGGAUGAGUGUGGCAAGAAGCACGAGGUCCUCGUUCCCGCUAUCAUGGGUCUCAUCAACGACCCGGUCACUCAACGUUCCGCCUGCACCGCUCUCGAUGCUCUCCUCGAGAUCCUCCACGAGCACAUCGAGGGAUACCUCCACCUCAUUAUGGAGCGUCUUUCCGGUCUUCUCGAGACUGCCCCCGCACCGGUCAAGUCCGUCGUCGUUGGCGCCAUCGGCUCGGCCGCUCAUGCCUCCAAGGAGAAGUUUCUUCCGUACUUCCAGCCUACCAUGGACCGGAUCAAGUUCUUCCUCACUCUCACCGGCGAGGGCGACGAGAUCGAGCUCCGCGGCAUCACGAUGGACGCUGUUGGGACGUUCGCGGAGGCUGUUGGCAAGGAGGUUUUCAGCCCCUACUUCAACGACUUGAUGAUCCAGGCGUAUCAGGGCAUCGAGUUGGGCAGCGCCAGGUUGAGGGAGUGCAGCUUCUUGUUCUUCGGUGUGAUGGCUAGGGUGUUUGGCGAGGACUUCGCGCCUUCCUUGCCCAAGGUCGUGCCUGCGCUCAUCUCCAGCUGCAGCCAAGAGGAGAGCGGUGAGGAGAGCCCUGGCUUGACGUCCGCUGACGCUGUUGCUGCUUUCGGCUCCGGUACUUCUCCCGCUAACGCCAUCGCCGUCCCCGACGAGUCCACCGCGAACGAGAACGGCGAGAUCGAAGUGGAGGAUAUUGACCUUGACAAGAUGCUCGACGUCAACUCCGCCAUCGCCGUGGAGAAGGAGAUCGCCGCCGACACCAUGGGCACCGUCUUCGCUGCCACCCGUAUGGCGUUCUUACCCUACGUCGAGCAGUGCACCCUCGAGCUCGUUGGUCUCCUGCCCCAUUAUUACGAGGGUAUCAGGAAGUCUGCGACCGAUUCGUUGUUGGAGAUCAUCAGGACGUUCUAUGAGCUCAGUGGUCCAGUUGAGUGGGCGCCUGGUGCUCAUCCCCAGCCUCUCCACGAGAACGUGAAGAGCUUGAUCAACCACUCCUUGCCUCCUCUCAUCGAUAUGGUCCAGUCUGAGGACAACAAGAGCGUCGUCUCGUCCCUUUGCGUUGGGCUUGCUGAGACCAUCAACACCCUUGGCCCUGCCUUCUUGGAUGGUAGCCAGUACGACGAGCUUUGCGCUCUUGCGGUCGAGAUUCUCGAGCAGAAGCACAUCUGCCAGCAGGAUCCUGACCAGGAUGAGGCUGAUGAGGCUCCCGAGGACCAGGCUGAGUACGACUCCGUCCUGAUCUCGUCCGCUGGUGACCUCGUCGCCGCCAUGUCGAACGCUCUCGGCGCAGACUUUGCUCCCGCCUUCGACAAGUUCUUCCCUCUCAUCUCGAAGUACUACAAGAAGAACCGUUCCCUCAGCGACCGCUCGUCCGCCAUCGGCUGCCUCGCCGAGGUCAUCUCCGGCAUGAAGAGCGCUAUCACUCCUUAUACCGAGCCCCUCCUCGAGCUCUUCUACCGUGCUCUCAGCGACCCCGAUGCCGAGGUCCAGAGCAACGCCGCCUUCGCCGCCGGUCUCCUCAUCGAGAAUUCCGAACAGGAUCUCUCUCCUCAAUAUCUCCCUCUCCUCGGCGCUCUCCGCACCCUGUUCGAGGUCACCCCCGAAUCGUCGUCCGCCAAGCUGAACGCUCGCGAUAACGCCUGUGGUGCCGUUGCCCGCUUCGUCACCCGCAAUACCGCCGCCGUCCCUCUCGACCAAGUUCUCCCUGUUCUCUUCGGUUCGCUCCCGCUCAAGAACGACUACCUCGAGAACCGUCCCAUCUUCCGUGCUAUCUUCCACCUCGCGGAGACGAAUGGGCAGGCGCUCAGCCCGUAUUUGGAGCAGUUGGUGUUGGUGUUUGCGCAUGUGCUUGACCCUAAUGGGCCGGACCAGGUUGGGGACGAGAUUAGGGCGAGGUUGAUCCAGCUUGUGGGUGCGCUGAAUGCGGAGAACCCGGCCUUGAUCCAGGCGGCGGGGUUGGGUCCUUUCGUUCCCGGUGCUUAAACUGUGAUGAUGGUUGUAUUGACGAUCUGUCCUGUCUUUGUUGGGUUGGCUCUUGUUUCGUUUUCUUCUUUGACGGUUGUUGUCUCGGUACAAAUAUGAUCUUAGAAUGACUUGUUGUUGUGCUAUGCGUCCCUAUGAUUGUUUGUUUUGAUACAUUUGCCGGUUACUAAUGUACUGUCGUCGUUUUCCAUUUCACCCUACUGCCGUAGCCCUUGAAUCCUCUACCAGCCUGUUUAUCUUCGUGCCCCGUCCGUUAUUUCCUUUCCCGCUGCCACGAUAAGUUGUUGGAUGCAUUCUUCUCCAAUGAUAUCCCGUCUCGUUCCAUUUUCAUACCUCUAUGUUUUUUUGUUCCAUUUUGGUCCAUGCGCUGUAUCGAUUUUAUCCGUGUUUGAGUGCAGAAUUCAAGUUAAAUUUGUAGAAGUC